AUGUGGAAUGCAACAGGUCCCGACUCGAAUCGAAAUGCCCCCCCUGGGGUUGUAGCCGACUAUAACAAUCCUGAAGAUGUUUACUGGACGUUGAACAUUGUCUUGACGGCUAUCUGUGUAUUCUUUAUUACAUUACUUUUUAUAAUACGAGUUUAUGUGAAGCGAACGAUUAGUCGGAAUUCUGGAUUAGAAGAUUUGGCCCGAUAUGGAGCAGGUUAUCAUGCUUGGGAGAUUCGUAAACCAGAAUAUUACAACUGGCUAAAGGUGAGUAGCCAAGUGUCACACGAUCGGGUUGUCUAUAUCCCAGCUGCCUUUUUCACCAAAGCGACCAUUCUACUUCUGAUGGCACGAGUUUUUGCUGUCGAACCACGAGUCGCCAAGGGAAUCAAGAUCUUGAUAUGGGCUUUAUUGGUGGCAUGCAUUCCGAUUCAAAUCCUUCGAAUUGUCAACUGUUAUCCUAUCCGGACAUAUUGGGAUCCAGAUGUCAGAAACGCACGAUGUCUCAACCAACGAAAGAUCUUCUUUUCAGAUCUAGCCCUAUCGAUUGUCGCCGACUUGGUUAUUCUUUUGAUUCCAAUACCUUUGACUUGGAAACUCAGAAUGUCAAUAGGAAAAAGGAUCAAGAUUGUCUUGCUUUUAGGGGCUGGUGGAAUUGCCACAGCAUUGACACUGUUCCGUGUUGCCAAAGCGGUUGACUUUUUGAACUCGGAUGAUAUCACUGUCGAUUAUACGCCGAUUGGCAUUCUAACGGCUCUUGAGAUUACUAUAGGCUUCGUCUGUGCCUGUCUUCCAUCUCUGAACCUCCUGAUCGAACAUCAUGUCCGUAAGCGUCGACGAGAACGAAACCCGAAUUGGCCACGCGAGCGAACACGAACCUCUUUGUUCAAGAAACGCUUCCGAUGGAUUAGUUCGUCCACAGAACACAUGUCCUCUCGACCGAAUCGGCCUUCAGAUGGAAUGAUUGACUUGGACGUGGAAAUGGCCAUGUUGACGGGUCAACCUGUACGGUUACGAACGGGUAGAACAGCAAGUGCAGGAUCUCAUGAGGUUCGACCACUUGACCAUCGACUUAACUCUGGUGACGGACGAAGAGAGGGAUGGCUGUCUCGAGAUCAGGACGAUCAAGACGAGGUACAGGACAGCAAGUUUAUCAUGAGAAUGGUGGAGGAAUCAAGAGCCAGAGCAGACGAGGGGGCUAAAGAAUCCUGGUGUCCAGUUUGGGAUGGACCGAGGGAUCCUAUGGCAAGUCAAGGGAGUUGGAAGUAG